UACUUUUGGGGUAAUUGUAAGGAUCUGCUUUUAUUUUCCACAGAUAUUUUUUGCUGCCAUGACCACUUCAAGCACUUUUCCCCACUUCUGGGUGCCACCUGACAUCACACCACAAACUGAGGACGACUUAAGUCCAACACAAUCAAACCCUUAUAGUCUGUUCAAUGUGAAUAACAGCAACAACAAUGAAGAAGAGGAGAAAAAGAAAAAAAAGAAAGAGAAAAAAGAAAAGAAGGAAAAGAAAGUUGUUCAUUAAUGUGUUGAACAUUACAGAAAAAAGGAGAAGGAAAAGAAAGAAAAGGAAGAAAGGGAAGCAAAGGAAAGGGAAGAGAAAGAGAAGAAGGAGAAGGAGAAAGAAAAGGAAAAAGAGAAGGAAAAAGAGAAGUAAGUGGAUCAGCCCAAAGAGAUAUUUGUCAUAAACCCUGCUGGGAAUUUAUAUUACCACUGGCUGUUCAUCAUCACGUUGCCAGUCAUGUACAACUGGACUAUGAUCAUCGCCAGGGCCUGUUUUGAGGAGCUGCAGCAUGACUACAUCAUUUACUGGGCUAUUCUGGACUACACAUCAGACCUAAUCUACCUUGCUGAUAUGGCCUUCAAGGCCAGAACAGGUUACCUUGAACAAGGCCUCUUGGUGAAAGACAAGAAGCUUCUACAGGACCGUUACAUGAACAGUUUGGAGUUCUGCAUCGAUGUAAUCUCCAUGCUCCCAACUGAUGUCUUCUAUUUCUUUGUGGGACUUGACUAUCCAGAGAUCCGCAUCAACAAGCUUCUUAGAAUUGGUCGCAUGAUGGAAUUCUUCUCAAAGACAGAGACUAAAACCAAUUACCCCAACAUAUUCCGCAUUGCAAACCUAAUCAUGUACAUCCUCAUUAUCAUCCACUGGAAUGCCUGCUUCUACUUCUCCUUCUCCAAGUCUAUUGGUUUUGGCUAUGAUGAAUGGGUGUAUCCAGCUCUUGAUGAUCCAGAAGAACCUGAGUUUGGGGAACCCAUGAGGAAGUAUGCGUUCAGUCUCUACUGGUCCACACUCACCCUGACCACCAUUGGAGAAACCCCACCACCAUCGCUGGACUCAGAGUUUUUCUUCCAUGUUAUGGACUUCUUAGUUGGAGUCUUGAUCUUUGCCACCAUCGUGGGAAACAUUGCCACCAUGAUCUCCAACAUGAAUGCUGCCCAAGCGCAGUUUCAAGCUCGCAUUGACAACAUCAAACAAUACAUGCAGGUGCGAAAGGUCAGCAAGGAACUUGAGCUACGAGUCAUUAAGUGGUUUGAUUAUCUGUGGAAUAAUGGCAAGGCACAAAAUGAACGGGAGGUGCUCAGGUAUCUUCCAGACAAAUUAAAGGCUGAGAUCGCAAUCCAGGUUCACAUGGAGACCUUAAAGAAAGUCCGUAUUUUUGCAGACUGUGAGGCAGGCUUACUCAUUGAGCUCGUGCUCAAACUUCAACCUCAAGUAUUCAGCCCUGGAGACUAUAUCUGCAAGAAGGGUGAUAUUGGUCGUGAGAUGUAUAUCAUCAAAGAUGGAAAACUGGCAGUUGUUGCUGAUGAUGGCGUUACACAGUUUGUUGUACUGGGAAGUGGCAGCUACUUUGGUGAGAUCAGCAUCCUGAACAUCAAAGGCAGCAAAGCAGGCAACCGACGGACAGCCAACAUCCGAAGUAUUGGAUACUCAGAUCUCUUCUGCUUAUCCAAAGAUGACUUAAUGGAGUCACUAAUAGAGUACCCAGAUGCCAAAGGCAUGCUGGAGGACAAAGGCCGACAGAUCCUAAUGAAGGAUGGCCUGAUAGACUUGGACCCAGCCAACAUCAAGCCUGAGGCCAAGGAGCUGGAGGAGAAGAUCAAUCGUUUGUACGGUAUGAUGGAUCUGAUGCAGGUCAAACUAAAAAAGGUUCUGGGAAAUUAUCAGGCAGCUGAUAAGGCUCUCAGAAAGCGCAUCUCUGAUCUGGAGCACCUGACAGGAGAAGAAGUAGAGGAUAAGGAUGAGGAAGAAGAAGGGGUGACAAAGGAUGGCAAAGAAGAGAAAAAAGGUGAUGAAAAAGAGGAGGAAAUUGGUGAUGAGAAAAAGAAAGAGGCAGAGAAAAGUGAGGAGGGAAAGGAAGAGGAAGGAAAAGCUGAGGAGGAAAAGGAAGGGAAAGAGACAGGUGAGGAAGUCAAGGAAGGUAUGGAAAAAGGUGAAGAGGUAAAGGAAGAGAAGGAAAAGGAAUCAGAAGUCACAGAAACAGAGACAAAAUAAACAGCUAGUGUACAAUACAAGAACGUGCUACAGCUAUGAAAAUUGUAUCCCAAGUGGUCAUGGCAACAAGACACUCUCAGCACGCUAAACCG